AUGUCUGAUUAUAACACCGGAACCCAGCUGGUCGUGCUUGGCUUUGCUGACCAGCCUGGCCUCGUCGGCAAGGUGGUCGUCAACGCCGUCGGCCCUCGUGGCUGCGUCGGCGAUGUGGUCGGCGGAGGCAGCGGCCGUCAUGGCGUCUCUGCUGUUCACCAGCACCGGUUUGUCCUCCGCGAUGGCCAGUUCCACCCUGCCUUGGGCCCCAACCUUGCUUCCAACCAUCAUCAGCCCAAGAAUAUCCGUUUCGUUACCCUCGCUCUUCAUUCUGGACCCGUUAUCACUCACCACACCGUGGAGCUCAACGCCGCAGCUAGCACCCGCGACCUGGACCAGUUCAUCCAGGUGGCCGGCCCCCUCUUGGGCGCCUUGGCCACCCAGUUGAUCAAUUUGACCGUCGGUACCAACGCCACCCUGGGCAGUGGCCAGACUCAGCAGUUCAUGGCCGUCUCUUGGAGCGGAGUUGCCAAGCUGAUCAGGCAGCUCGGCCCUACUAUCACUCGCGACUUUCAUAUCCUCCACCCCGAUGGCACGGUGUUCGUCUUCACCGACGGUAACCGUGACGGCACCGAGGCCUUCCUGCGUGCCUUGGACAGCUGCGCCGACCACGCCCUCGCCCAGUUUAACAUCGCCGUCAUCAUUUUGGUCGUCACUAUCAUUGUCUGCAUCGGCAAGGCACGCCAGCGUGGCUACUUGUUUCGCAAUGCGAAACGCGCCGCCGCCAACCCUUUUCUCAACCGUCAAGGUCGUCCUCUCUAA